UCUCGCCGCUCCGUCCCAGCCAUGGGGAUCCCCGCAGGCCCCGCUGUGCUCAGCUGGUCCCGCCUGAAGCGGCUGCUGGGCUCCUAUGGGACGUGGCGACCCCCGAGCGCUGCCCCCGAGCGGUGCCGUGCUGCCGUGGGGUCCCGGCUGCGCCCCGACAGAGCUCUACACACCGCCCGGCCCCGCUGCCGGCAGGUCCCGCUCACCUGCGAGCGCUACGGGCUGCGGCGGCUGCCGUUCGGCCGGCUCAGCCGCCAGGAUGUGGGCUUCUUUCAGGGGCUGAUGCCGGGCAGGGCGAGCACGGACCCCGAGGAGCUGAAACAAAGUAAUGUGGACUGGCUGAAAUCAGUCCGAGGCUGCAGCGAGCUGCUGUUGAAGCCAAAGACAGCAGCAGAAGUGUCUCAAGUCCUCAGGUACUGCCAUGAGAGGAACCUGGCAGUGAACCCACAAGGGGGUAACACAGGCCUUGUUGGGGGCAGCGUUCCUGUCUUUGAUGAGAUCAUUCUCUCCACUGCUCUGAUGAACCAGAUCAUCAGCUUUGACCCGGUGUCUGGAAUCCUGGUGUGCCAAGCUGGCUGCAUCUUAGAGAAGCUCAAUGAGUUCUUGGAGGAGCGGGGCUUUAUCAUGCCACUUGACUUGGGAGCCAAAGGGAGCUGUCACAUCGGUGGUAACGUGGCCACAAAUGCUGGAGGCCUGAGGCUCCUGAGAUACGGCUCUCUGCGAGGGACUGUGUUAGGGCUGGAAGUGGUGCUGGCAGAUGGCACGGUUCUGGACUGCUUGGCAUCGCUGCGCAAGGAUAACACUGGCUACGAUUUGAAGCAGCUUUUCAUCGGAUCGGAGGGGACUUUGGGAGUCAUCACAGCUGUCUCCAUACUCUGCCCUCAGAAACCUAAAGCUGUGAGUCUGGCGUUCCUAGGAUGUCAGGAUUUCUCUCGGGUUCAGGAAACGUUUACAACCUGCAGAGCCAUGCUGGGAGAGAUCCUGUCUGCCUAUGAGUUCAUGGAUGAGAAGUGCAUGGAACUGGUCGAGAAACAUCUUGGGCUGUCCAACCCAGUGAGAGGCAGCCCUUUUUAUGUUUUAAUUGAAACUUCGGGCUCCAACUCGACCCACGAUGAAGAAAAAUUGAACAGCUUCCUGGAACAGGCCAUGACUGCUGGUUUGGUCACUGAUGGAACCGUGGCAGUGGAUGAUAAGAAAAUAAAGACACUGUGGAGCCUGCGGGAGAGGAUCACGGAGGCGCUCACUCACGAUGGCUGUGUUUACAAGUAUGACAUCUCUCUCCCUGUGGGAAAGCUCUAUGACCUCGUGACUGACAUGCGAGCUCGUCUGGGCCAGAGAGCCAAAAACGUGGUGGGCUAUGGCCACAUGGGAGAUGGAAACUUGCACUUGAACAUCACGGCAGAGUCCUACAGCCAUUCCCUUCUGGAUGCCAUCGAACCAUUUGUGUAUGAGUGGACUGCAAGGUACAAUGGCAGCAUCAGCGCAGAGCACGGGCUGGGCUUCAAGAAAAAGCAGUUCAUUCAGUACAGCAAACCCAACGAGGCAGUCUUCCUAAUGCAGCAUUUCAAAGCCAUGUUGGACCCCAAGGGAAUACUCAAUCCAUACAAGACAUUGCCCUACAGCCCCUGAUAGAUGCCAUCACAUGAGGACAGCAUCUCUGCUCAGUACCCACAUGCUCCAUCAGUUUGUGGUUGAAGUAGAAGCACAUGGAAUAUCCCUUGGCUCGCUUCCUGAGUGUGAUGGAAGAAGUGAAGGAAUGUGCUUCCUCUUUUCCAGACUUUCUGCUCUUUCUGAAGAGCACAUUGCUGAUUUUGGCAGUACGGGUUUUCUGUUUAAUCUGAUCACUGACACCAAGCAUACCAUAUAUAUAUCUGUAUAUGUAUGUAUAUUUAAAUCUUACCCACUUGCUCUAUUAUGAGUGUGAUGUCUAGAGUUGGUUUCCACCUUAGUCCAGGUAGUGGAAAGCUUGAAGAUUCCUCAACUCUCUCAAGCUCUGGUGAUGGCUGUUUUUCUUUCCUCUCUGUACCAACUGUUGCAGUCGAAUGGUGAGGGGAGGAAGAAAGCAGCAAAGUUUCAGAAGCAAGGGAACAAUUGGGGAUUAUUGCCUUUAUCUGAAAUUACCUGCAGGAUGAUGAGAGUCCUUGCCUAUAAAACUAGAGUGACUUAACAUUUGCUCAGUCAGGUGUUUGGGUGAGGUUGGUGUGGUGGUAUCAAGGUCUGGUGUGUGAGCUGGUGUUGGAUCCAGCUGGUAGCAGCCCUGCCCUUGCUAGUUGGCAAUGUUUGAGGCUUUAUUACAGCAUGAGGCCAUCAGAUACGUGGUGCUAAACAUCACGAGUCAGGCCUUUCUGUGCCUUAGGGUGUCAGAUCCUGCUCUGUGCACCCUUAUCCUACAGCUGUAUGGGCACCACAGUGUUUUUUGUUACCAUUUCAUGUAUGUGGCUGUGACAUACGUGCAUCACAAGCAUCACAAAUCUGACUCCACAGAGCUCUGAGGAGGGUUUUAUCAGUGUUGUUCUGGGACCACAGCAGAGCAGGACUAACAAGCAGGCACACACAGGCCCUUCUUGCACCCGAUUUCUGUUCCUUGAGGGCUCACCUCCUGGACAGGUCUUCCCAACCUCUGUGUACUCCCUCAACUAUUGUAAUAUCUACAAUGGAGUUAAUGCUCUCUCUAAGGAGUGUUCUGCUAAAAAUAAACCGUUCUUCACAAUUCUGAA